GAAACACCGGAGCCAUCUGGCAACUCUACAAACUGGCAGUUUCAAAACAGCUCAUCCGAUUGAACCGGCCUUUUUAUUUGGAUUUUUAUGUAAUGGUCAAGGUGGAGGUGGAGUACUGCGGGACCUGCAACUUUAGUGGGCAGUGCCAGCUCCUGCGGCAAUUUCUGCUGGCGUCCAAUCCGGAUUUGGAGGUUUCCUGUCGGCAGGGACGCCGCGGAUCCUUCGAGGUGGCCAUCGAUGGGCAACUGGUGCACUCGAAGCUCUCCUCGCUAGCCUUCCCGCAGCAUGCCAGCGUCUUGGAUCAGGUUCAGAGGGCACAGCGCGGCGAGUCUGUGAACACAGUGCGGGAGGAGCCCAUCAAGGAUUGCAUCCUGAUGUGAGGCAGCUAACUUUAUUUUUGGGAUAAUACCAAUUUUAAAAUUAUAUGUUAAGAGUACCUAGAGUGCAACCUAUAGAUGUUCCAUUAAGUUUA